AUGGAUCAUUCAUUGACAAAAAGUUUCUCGAGCUGCCCCAGUCUGAUAAAUCCAGAAGCUCUAAAAGUUGGAGAAACAGUUGCCUAUUGUUUAAUUCUUGUAGUCUCGCUGGUUGGAAAUUUUCUGGUGGUAUUAAUUGUUUACAAAACACUAACUUUGAGAAAACCGAUAAAUAUGUUGAUCGCAAACAUGGCCAUGUCCGACCUGCUCUUUCCAAUAUUCCAGAUCCCUGUUCGACUGACAGGGCUGCACGUUGGCUCGUGGCUUAUUGGUGGUACCCUUGGUAAGGCCUUGUGCAAGAUACACCCUUUUCUUGCUGAUAUUUCCUUGUUAGUGUCGAUUCAGAGCCUGGUUCUGAUAACAGUGGAUCGAUAUGCAGCUGUUGUAGUUCCACUCCGUUCACCCCUCAUCAGUCGCAAGGUAUGUCGCUGUUUGAUUGUUGGUACAUGGAUACUCGCAGCAGCCUUUUAUUCGCCAUAUUUGUUUUCCUUCAUUCUUGUUGAAUACCAAGAAGAAAAUUUGUGCGUGAAUCAGUGGGAGGUGGCCUUCGGAGAGAAAAGCUCACCUGGUAUUUACAUCCUAUUAGCUAUUAUCUUUUUGUAUUACAUUCCUUUUGUCGUCUUGGCGAUACUUUACUCCAUCAUCCUGAUCAAGCUUAAAAAGCAAGCCCAUCCAGGUGAACAGUCAGCCAGCGCUGAAGAACAGAGGACAAGAAGAAACAGAAAAGUGCUUAAGAUGACCGUUGCUAUCGUUGUAGCGUUUUUCAUUUGCUGGAUACCCUUAUCCAUUAACGCAAUGAUAUUUUACUUAGUACCAAGAAAGACUUUAGAUGUUUGUAAGUUUUGGGUAUCUCUUAAUGUCGCCUUGUUUAUGGCUUACAUAAACUGUGCUAUCAACCCGAUUAUCUGCCUUACCUUUACCAGUAACUAUCGCCAAGCUCUUAGGAGACUUGUGAAUUGCUGUGAUGCAGUGCAAGGUUAA